UGGAAAGAAACAGCAGCAUUGUACUUCUCCUCUCUCUCUCUCUCUCUCUUAUUUCGCCUACCGCUCCAACCCCCACCACUACAAUAAAACAACCUUAGGGUUUUCUAGUUCUAACUCGGAUUCCUUCUUCCUUCCUCAUUCCUCAGAUUUGAUGACUAGAAUUCGUUCUUCAAUGUGUAAACUCCUCCCAGCUCGUUUCAGGGUUUGGAUGUCACAAUUUGGAGCCAGUGAAAGAAGUGGACAGAUAGUCUAAAUUACUGUCUAAAUUGCAUGCGCUGUGCUUUUAGAUAUCUGAAUUUAUUAUGUCUGAAAUACUUCUUGAGAGACGGAUGAAAAUCAACUUGCAGGACUAAAUUACGCCUUAUUGUUGGUCACUUCAUUGAAGUAGCUUUAGCAGAGUAGCACAGUAAUGGGUUCAUUUUCUGGAACUUGUGAAAUUGUUGAAGCAGGGGAUGAGGUGAAUAUGGGUCAGCAUUCUAGGGGAACUUAUGACAAAGAUCGGAAGCUUCCUAUGCUAAAACUCGGAUAUAAGGAUUCUCUGGAAGAUGAUAUUAAUCAUCUUUUUGAGGCAAUUACUCUUAAAGCUUCGACCAAGGGAUUAGGUAUUUCACAGCAAGCAGGAACAAGCCCUUUAAGGAAAAGUGCCUUAAAAAGGCCAAUCACAGUUGGUGCGCCCCAUUCACCAGGAAUUGGGAAUUCAGAACCUGUGACUCUAAAGCAGGCAUUAAGGGAGCUAUGCCUUUCUAAGGCAUCAGAAAUGGCUGCAAUGAAACGGUUAUCAAAGUCGACUAGUUCUCCAGGAGUCUCAGAAGCCGGACGGAUAAAAACAUUGUACCAUGCAGUUGUGGUUGAAGCUAGUGGAUCUGGCCCGUCCUUAGAUAAAGAGGAAGGGAGUGUGGUUGAAAUAUCACUUGUGCCAGAAGAAAGCAAAUUCAAUUCUUCUGGGAAGAUGCCCGAGCAGGAAAAAAUGCCCAAUAUGAAGUCAUCAAGCCAAAGUGCUCAUUCUUCUUCUCAAUAUGCUGUUACAACAUUAGAUAAUAAUACGGGGAACAUACCAUUACAAGAUGAGACUGUUUCUUCACCAAGGAAAGUUGGGGCUCACACGCCAAAGGUAGAGCUUUUACAGAAAGAGAAGCAUACAUCUGCACCUUCUCCAUCUUCUUCUAGUACCGUUCGCAACAUAUUAGAGAUGGUUGAAAACGAUCCUGCCUCAACCAAGUUAGCAAAUAAAGCAUUGGUACCAAAACCCAUGCGGAAAGGCAGGUCGCAGCCUGUAUCUUCUUCUAGCUCAAUCGUUGGCAAUAGGGUGGGCAAGAUAUCCAGGAAUACUCUCCGCUCAGUUAAACCGGUGGUUAGGAACAAGAGUUCUGUUAAGAAGAAACUAAAGCAGAACUCAAGUUCUUCUGCAUGCAGUUCUAGUGCAUAUAACAAAGUUAAUAAUGACUUGGAUCCUCGUACAACUCAAGUGGUUUGUGAGAGAUGCCAAUGCACUUUGAAGAAUGCAAGCAAACAAGUUUCUGUUACAUCCUACUCGAUCGGUCCAAAUGAUGAGGUAAGCCCAAGUAAUGAGCACUCUGGAGCGAGCAAGCCAGGCAUCACUUCAAACAGCAGUAAUAAAAGCAAAGCCAGUAUGAAAUUGAAAAAGAACACAAAAUCAAAGGAGAAGGGGGAGUUUUCCCAAAGUUCAAAAAGUAGCCAAGGUGAGUAUAGUAGUAGUACGAGUAUCAGUGAUGAGAGCAAUGUGAGUGGGUCUAGUUGUGGCAAUAGACCUCACAUGUCAAAGGAUGUGAGAUGGGAAGCCAUCCGUCAUGUACAAAUGCAGAAUGGAGUCAUGGGGUUGAGACACUUCAAUCUUCUAAAGAAGCUCGGCUGCGGUGACAUUGGAACUGUAUAUCUUGCUGAGCUGAUUAGUACGAAUUGUCUAUUUGCUAUAAAGGUCAUGGACAAUGAGUUUUUGGCUAGAAGGAAGAAGAUGCCUAGGGCUCAAACAGAAAGAGAAAUAUUGAGGAUGCUGGAUCAUCCUUUUCUCCCAACUCUAUAUGCCCAAUUCACAUCAGAUAAUCUAUCAUGCUUAGUUAUGGAGUAUUGUCCAGGUGGAGAUCUUCACGUCCUUCGGCAGAAGCAGCUUGGCAGGAGUUUUCCUGAACCAGCAGCGAGGUUUUAUGUUGCUGAAGUCCUCCUUGCUUUGGAGUACUUGCACAUGCUUGGAGUUGUGUAUCGGGAUUUGAAACCAGAGAACAUUCUUGUCAGGGAAGAUGGUCACAUUAUGCUCACGGACUUUGACCUUUCACUCAGAUGUACUGUGAGUCCAACUCUUCUGAAGUCAUCUUCGUUCAAUGCGGAUCCUGUUAAGACGUCUGGUCCAUGUACAGAUUCUAGCUGUGCUCAGCCUUUCUGCAUUGAACCAUCCUGUCAAGUCCCAUGUUUCAGCCCUAGGUUUUUACCUGCUGCUGCAAGAGCAAGGAAGUUAAAAGUUGAUGUUGCAUCCCAGGUGCGAUCAUUGCCACAGCUUGUGGCUGAGCCCACCGAUGCACGAUCCAAUUCCUUUGUUGGCACCCAUGAAUACUUGGCUCCAGAGAUCAUCAAAGGAGAGGGUCAUGGAGCUGCAGUUGAUUGGUGGACAUUUGGUAUCUUUCUUUAUGAGCUUCUUUAUGGUAGAACACCCUUCAAAGGUUGUAACAAUGAAGAGACCUUAGCCAAUGUAGUGUUGCAGAGUCUCAAAUUCCCUGACAGCCCACUUGUCAGCUGCCAGGCAAGAGAUCUCAUAAGAGGGCUGUUGGUAAAGGAGCCAGAGAAUCGGUUCGGAUCUGAGAAAGGGGCUGCUGAGAUUAAGCAGCACCCAUUCUUUGAAGGCCUGAAUUGGGCAUUGAUACGUUGCACCAUUCCACCAGAGCUACCUGAGUUUUGUGACUUUGGAUUUCCAAGCACGGGUUCCCAGGAAACAAAGAGCAAGUUUUUGGAGUGUAAAACUACAGGAGAGCACCUGGAGUUUGAAUUGUUUUAGAGAAAAUCACUUCUUUGUGAAGAGAAGCUCUCUGGUUAGGUUAGUCCUUGAUUCAGACCUCUCCUCCCCUGUUGUAACUAAUAUGUAGCUUAAAAUGUAAAUUUAGUUGAGAACACUUCGGUAAAAGCUUGUCAUCAAUGGUAUAGAAAGUUGUAGCUAACUGAGGAUUUGAUACAUGGCUUCAUGUGAUUCAUGACAUGGCCUGAGCUGCAUUGACAAUUACUCCUUUGAAGACCUAAUAUGGUGCAAUCUCAACACCCGAGGCCCUGUCCACUUUCAACUUUCAUUAAUUGACUCAUUGAGAUAAUUGAUCGUUCUGUUUUUAUGAUUGAA